GCGAACGCAACGAGCUCGUCCCUCACAAUGUGGCGCUUCCUGAUGACGCUGUCAUGCUGCCUGCUCGGCGCCUACUGCCAACAGGUCAACAAGUUCCCAGAUGGUUUCCUUCUGGGGGCAGCAACAGCGUCCUACCAGGUGGAGGGCGCUUGGAAUGAAAGUGGUAAAGGAGAGAAUAUUUGGGAUCGACUGACCCACGAGCACCCAGACUGGAUAGCUGACGGUUCCAACGGCGACGUUGCCUGCGACUCCUACCACAAGUACCAGGAGGACGCGGAGCUGGUAGCUAACCUCGGGUUUGAUGUUUACCGCUUCUCCCUGUCAUGGUCGCGGUUGUUACCAUCCGGAGACUGGGACGUAGUAAACCCAGCGGGGAUAGAGUAUUACAACAACCUCAUAGACGCUCUGCUGGAAAGGAAUAUUCAGCCCUUAGUGACGCUCUUCCAUUGGGACCUCCCACAGAAACUGCAAGACAUCGGUGGAUGGCCCAAUCCCAGGAUCGCUGACUACUUCGAAGAGUAUGCGAGACUGGCUUUCGAGAGCUUCGGCGACAGAGUGAAAUGGUGGCUCACUUUCAACGAACCGAACGUGAUGUGUAGUGGCUAUGGGGAAGAAAGGCAGAAGGCUCCCGCAAUCAACGCCCACGGCUUCGGAGAGUACAUGUGCGGCUAUACGCUGCUGCUGGGGCACGCCAGGGCGUACAGGCUCUACGACUCAGAGUACCGUGCAACUCAGAAUGGCAGUGUCGGCAUUACCCUCAACUCGGAUUUCUACGAGCCGGCUUCUGACAGUCAAGCGGACAUCGACGCCGCGGAGCGGGCACAGCAGUUCCAUCUCGGGUGGUUUGCGCACCCCAUAUUCUCGGAAGAGGGAAACUACCCCGCAGUUAUGAUAGAGCGGGUAGACAAUAACAGCUUGGAGGCAGGCAUCUGGAUAUCACGGCUACCGAAGUUCACUGCUCAGGAAAUAGAGGAUCUGAAAGGAUCUGCGGACUUCUUUGGUCUCAACCACUAUUCUACUCACCUAGUAACGGAUGGUUUGUCUGGUCUGGAACCGUCCAUCCUGCGUGAUACGGGAGUAAUCAAGACUGUAGACCCAAGCUGGCCCGAGUCCGCAUCUUCUUGGCUGAAGGUCGUUCCCUGGGGUUUCCGUAAGCUGCUUAAUUGGAUUGCAAGAAACUAUAACAACCCACCUGUUUUCGUAACGGAAAACGGUUUCUCAGACAGAGGAACACUGGAUGACACGGACCGCCAAGAAUAUUAUAAGCAAUACCUGGCACAAUUGCUGAUGGCCGUAAACAUCGACGGAAACAACGUCAUUGGUUACACAGCAUGGAGCUUAUUGGACAACUUCGAAUGGAUGAGCGGGUACACGGAGAAAUUUGGCAUCUACCACGUGGACUUCGAAAGUCCCAACAGGACACGCACUGCCAAAGGGUCUGUGGAGAUGUUCCAGAACAUUACGGCUACGCGCGAGAUCCCAGAGAGCUACUUCAACUCUACUACAUCCAACGAAACGUCUGCUGCGAUGGGGCUCGGAGUGCACCUCUGGGUAGCAGCGUUGAUUGCUGUUGUCCAACUGAUGUUUGGGGUCUUCAUCUAAACGAAAAUUCCGAGAACCACCUCUCCGCGUGACAGAGUGUAACUACAAUCAGUGGAACAGAAUGCGAUUUAAACUAUUUUGUGUUAUCAUUACCCAUCGGGCAACAUAUUCUUACUCAUCGUGUAACUUAACUACCUGUCUGCUUCUCUCUACCUGAGUGAUUCUUCCUAAAACUGUAUACCAGACCUUCUCAAAAAUGAUUACCAAACAAUCUAAUACCUAACUCAAAUUCGUGUAAUGUGCACAACUUACGAUUUGCUCAACAUUGUAUGCAAAUUAAAGCUAACUGUUUCUAUAAAAACGCAGUGCUACUCUAAAUGGAAACUGAAUUCUGAAAUAAAUGUGUAGCUGAACUUACAAAGAA